UGUUUACAUAAAGAAAGAGAAGGAAAUGAGUUCAUCCUCCUUUCCUGUGGAAAAAAGACAACUUCACACUCCAGAUCUCUCUCAUGUUGCUCAGGUGAUAGAGAGUGGUUUAAAAGAAAAUUUUAAAGAAGCAUCCGUUAAUGUAGUCGACUGUCCUGACCUCACGUCUUCGCCAUGGCAACUUGCUGCACCAGGUUUGGGCGGAGCUCCUCGUUUGCUUGAUGUGGGCGGGGUUCCAUAUCUAAUGCCGCUCAUCCAAAGAGAAAAGGUUUAUGAUUUAGCCCAGGUAGCUAGUCUGGCUGGUUUACCAAACGGGUUUAUACUUGGAGCAGGUGCUGGCUCUUACAGAGUAGCUGGAGUUAACUGUGAAAUGAUGGCUAAUAUUAAAUUCUCUGAUCCUGACUCAGGAGCUCCUCAUAAUAUUGGCUCUUAUUCGGCUAAAGUCUCCACAGAAGACGGAUCUGCUAUAAUUGAGAAAUUCCCAUACACUGAGGCCGGUCCUCUUGCCAAUUUAUUACUUUGUGAAGGCACUCCUGGUGCUCCUGUCCUUGAAAUAAAAGCAAGGAAGAGAGUUGGAGAAGAGAAUUUCGUUACCUGCAUGAGAAAGUCCUUGGCUGCUUAUUUUGGUGAGGGCCCAGUUGGACUCGGCGGAGUUUUCAUGAUUAAGAAAGGCAAAGCAAAGCUUCACAUUAUGCCUGACUUCUCUCAGACUCCACUGACUACUAACGAAGGAGUCAACAAAUGGCUCCAGUUCUAUAACAUGUCUUCACCUCUCACUUGCCUCUCUGUCUUCAUCAGUUGUGACCCAGGUUUAGACUUACGUGUAGAACAUACCCAUUGCUUUAGCUCUCAUGGCGAUGGUGGGCACUAUCAUUAUGACGUCACUCCACAAGAAGUUGAAUAUCAUGGAUAUUACGUAAUAGCUGAGGAGAUUGUCCGUAUUGAUCGACCAAUUAAAACUCACCAAAUCGGGCGAGACUGAUAAGUAACAAUUAAUGAAUCUUUUUAUUAGAUUUUGCUGAUUUUACACUUGCACAGGUUAAAAUAUUAUUUUUUGUAAUGAAAUACUUGCUUAACAGCUUAAGUGGAA